AUGACCAAGUCGCAAAUUCCCGUUUGCGAAUAUCUAUUCCGUCGCAUUGCCUCGCUUGGUAUCCGACAUAUUUUUGGCGUACCUGGCGAUUUCAACCGUAUGAGCUCAGACAAUGUCACGAUUCUUGAUCAUGUCUAUGCUGUUCCCGAACUGGAGUGGCUCGGCUGCUGCAAUGAACUCAAUGCUGCAUACGGAACGGAUGGAUAUGCUCGCGUCAGAGAGCUUCCAGGUGUCCUCCUCACCACGUACGAAGUGGGCGAGCUGUCAGCCAUGAACGGAGUUGCUGGAGCUUACGCUGUGCGUGCCGGGAUGAUUCACAUUGUUGGCAUGACUAGUCGACAAGUCCAGAAACAACGACCGCUGAUUCAUCAUACAUUUGAGCCAAACAUGGAUCACACCAUCUAUAUGCAAAUGAGUGCUCCCAUCAGAAACUCACAUACAUUUCUAGUCAAUGAGGAAAAAUCGACUGCUGAUAUUGACCGAGUAACUGAGGAUUGUGUCAAGAGCCGCCUGCCACUAUACAUUUUUAUUCCUAUGGAUGUCCCCUCAAUCUCAGUUCCUCUCUCGGCUCUCGACAAACCGUUGGAUUUGGAAAUCAAGAACGAUGAAGAAAUCGAGUCUAAGAUUCUCGGCAUGGUGCUUAAUGCUAUUAGUCGUGCUAUGAACCCAUCAAUCCCUGUUGAUGCUCUUACAAUCCGUCACAGCGGAAGGGAGCUUGUCCACGAGCUGGCUGAUCUACCUCAAUUCCCAACCUUCUCAUGCCCAUUGUCUAAGGGAAUAAUCAAUGAAAAUAUACCCUACUGCAUGGGUGUUUACAGUGUAAACGGUACAGUAAUCUCCCUCGGUUCCAUGGAAGCCCUUGAGACCUCUGACCUGAUCAUCAACACUGGCACUUUGCAAACUGACUCCGAUACUGGUGGAUUUACACGCAAGAUUCCGGAGAAAAAGGCCAUCCUUCUUGAACAUGACAAAUGUGUUAUACUUGGCGAAGAGUUCCCCAACAUCCACUUUCUCCCUGUUUUGCGUCGACUUGUCAAGAAUCUGAAGGCCAAAGCAGGCCACUUUAAUCUUCCAGCUAUUAGGGUUAAUUUUAGUCUCCCCUGUCAAUUUGGAAUGUUUGAUGCCACGUUUCCCCCACGGUCCAGGGCUAUUACAUCAACAUUCUGGUCGGCCAUUGGGUUCUCGGUCGAGGCGUACCUUGGAGCUUGUGUUGCCACCCGUGAGAUGAAGCACCCUAGUCGCGUAAUUCUCAUUGUCGGUGAUGGUUCUUUACAGAUAUCCGUCCAGGACAUCGGAACAUGUAUUCGCUUUGGUUUCAAGCCCAUCAUCCUUCUUGUAAACAACAACGGCUACUCAAUUGAAAGAGCCAUUCGUGGCGCUGAGCUAAGCUACAAUGGCAUCAACUCCAACUGGGAUCACCAGCAGCUGCUUAGCUUCUUCGGGGCCAGACCUGACACUGCACUUGAGAGUAUACUUGGCAAAGAGGCACUCAACGAGGCUGAAAAUAUCAGCCUUAUCGAGUUGUUCUUCAGCCCAUUCGACUAUCACUGGCGCUUGGCUACUCAAGUCAGCAAUACACUUGACAGACUUUUGGAAAAGCAAGAGAAAUUUAACUAA